UGCCAACUGCUUUUAAAUUCCAAAGAAGAAGAAGAAGAAGGAAACGCGGCUGUCCAGCUCUGUGAUCACGAACUCAUCACAUCCACUCAGCAUGGACUUCUCAAUCCGUGCAGCCAACGUGGACGACUGCAAGGACAUCGCGCGCAUGAUCAUGGAGCUGGCAGAAUAUGAGAAAGUGUCAGACCAUGUGAAAGUCACCCAGAAAGACUUGGAGCAGGAUGGCUUUUCCAAGAACCCGUUCUUUCAUGGGAUCAUCGCUGAGGUGCCAGAACAGCACAAAACCAAAGAAGGGCACACGAAGAUCGGCUAUGCACUUUAUUUCUAUGCUUACAGCUCCUGGUCAGGCAGAGCCAUUUAUAUGGAGGACUUGUACGUGAUGCCUGAGUUCAGAGGGAAAGGCGUUGGUAAAGCACUAAUGAGCAAGGUGGCACAGCUGGGUCUGGCUGCUGGUUGCCACCAGCUCAACUUCGCCGUCCUGGACUGGAACAAACCAUCAAUGGACUUUUACCUCAGCCAGGGCUGCUUCGAUAUCACUGAUACCAUGGGCUACCACUGCCUGCGCUGCGAGGGGGAGGCGCUGAAGCACCUGGCUCAACUUUAACCCAUCUGUUAUGACCUUGUGACCCUUGCAGCCAUGAGGUCAGCCCACACACUGCAGGGAUGGAGCAACUUGAAGCCCCUACCUCAGUGUUACCAGGCCGUCUGAAGGUCUGUCCAUAUAAGCUAAGAGUGCAGCACACCUUUUAAAAUGAAUAUAGUUCAGAUAUGUGUUUAUUUUAUAAAUGGCAUCAAAUUGGUUUUUUAAUUUAGUUUCAGUUACAUUUUGUAAUGUAAUUUACAAGCAGUGGAUGUUCCAGUGUGUAACGUCAUAGAAUAAAGCGAAUUGUAUACAUUUC